AACGACGGUCGUCUGCGGUUCAGUAAGCAGAAUCUGGUGUAUAAGAGCAGUAAGACAGGGAAGGUGGACAACAUCCCGGCAGCAGAGCUGUCUCAGGCCACAUGGAGGCGUGUAUGUCUGGGACACGGCAUCAAACUGGCCACCAGCACCGGACAUGUCUACAAAUAUGACGGCUUCAGAGACACGGUGAGGCAGUGGUGUGUGUGAACGAGUGAGAGAAUUUGCUUGAAAAUGGUUGUGUGAUUGUCUGUGUCUGCUGUGGUUUUGUGGUUUUCUUCGUGAGAAUUCCGUGGGUAGGUGUCCGGUGAGCUUUUAGAUACAUUUGUUUAUCUGUUCACAGGUUGUGUGUGCGUGCUUGAGAGUGAGUGUAAGAGUGGAUCUGUGUAUAAUCUAGCCUUACCAGUGCUGCUGGAGAGGGAGAGAAGGAAGGCUGGUCUCCUGAGGUUAAUCAGUGUAUAUUUGAAAAUGGGAUCUUCUGACUGUGUGGGUUCAGACGAUGAUGUCAUUGUUUAUUAUCCUGCACACUGUCACUGGUGAGGAAUUCAAACAUAGGUUAAUGGAGCAGCCAGCCAGUCAGUCAGUUUGAUGUAUUCACCUUCUAUAUCAUGUUCCGUGACACCUCUGGUUAAACACCACCUCAGCCCACUCCCCAUGCAUACUCAAUGCUUUGAAUGUCUGUCCUAAACAAGUAAUGAUAAUUUAUUUGAUUUAGGAGUGGUGAAGUGCGCCGGCGAGUUUUGAAAUCCACGUAUCAGAAGUCAUCUGUUUACUAAGUUGGUACUACUUGUGAAGCACACCGCUCUUUAACGGAGUUUGCUUUGUAUUGAUCAGGACUCCACUGUAUUAGCCAUAACUGGGUUCUAUUCACUAGGCACAAAACGGAAACAAAGCCGGGGCCGACACGGGGAGGGACGAUCUUGUCCAAUGAGAAGGGCUUGUUUUCGUUUAAAAUACUUUGCUACGGUGUCUGCUAAUGCAUAGCACCCUGGUGUGAAGAUCCUAUGGCAGCGUCUGUGUUACAGAGCAUCAUAUUAGUUAGGGGGAGAGGAAGAGGGGUGGUGGAAUGGAACAGCUAUGGGGUGGAGGAUUGGAACUGUUGUUUGGUGUGUGUGUUUAUGCAUAUAGUGAUUCUGUGUGGAUAGUGGAUGGGAAGACUGGGAUGAGUGUGAUUUAUUAUUGUUGUGUGAGGUAAGCAACAGCACUCUGCCAAAGCGGUAAUGAGAGACAGCUCUUAACACGGGCUGAUGAGGACAGCAGGUACACACACUGAUAUGUACGUCUUUACACAGUUACAGGCCACUCAUUAUACACACACACACACAGAUUUAUAUCCAGUAUAUACUCAGAAAUGUAAACACACUUAGAUCUGUAUACACGUGCUGUCACACAAACACAAUGCCUUCAUACAUCUUCACAAACACACGCACAGAUGCUGUCAACACACUGAUCUGAUAUCCUAUACACACACACACACACACACACACUGAUGUAUAUUCUCUUUCGCUGUCCAACACACACACACACACUGUGGGCUCUCACACUCUCUAACAACCUAACAGACAAGCUGAUACCCAGGUGCAUAAACUCUCUUUCCCACACACUCUUUUUCCUCUUUCACACACACACAUACACACUUUGUCCUUCACACACAUGUGGAAGUGAUUGCGGUGUGUCUGUGUGCCCCAGCUCUAAUCGGGCCUGCAGGAUAAAUAAACAGGCUGAUUGUAAGCGGCGGAGAGAGCGGACGGAUUACAUUCACCUCCAGCGUCCCAGGGGGCCGAGUGGCGGGAGGGGCCAUAAUUGAGCUUUGAUUAAUUAGCCCCCGCAUCGAGGGGGAGGAAAGGGGGGGUGUUUUUCAGAAUAGUGGGGGAAGUAAGGAUUUAACUGAGAACAUCUUUCUACUCAGUUUUUUCUCUUUCACUUUCUCUCUUCCUCCUCUCUUCCUUUCCCCCUCCACACAUCUCCUCUCUUCCUUUCCCCCUCCACACAUCUCCUCUCCCCCUCCACACAUCUCCUCUCUCCCUCGGCAGGAUUAUGAGAGGAUCUCGGAGUUUUUCAAGGCCAACUACAAGGUGGAGCUGACAGAGAAGGACAUGUGUGUGAAGGGCUGGAACUGGGGCACUGCUAAAUUCUCUGGUAAACCACACCCACUAAAACUCUAAAUACCCAUCACACAACACCGUAGCAGAGGAUCUAAUCGUUCUAUAGUUUCCUCUUGGAUGGCUUGGACGUUUUCAAAACCAUAUUUUUCAUCUCUCUGGAUCUCUCUUGAAGAGUUCGUUGUAGCGUUCCUCCAGCUGUGCUGCAUUAUGGGAGCUGUAGUCUUUAACCCCCUCUCUCUCUCCUCUCUCUCCCCUCUCUCCCUCUGCAGGUCCAUUGUUGUCGUUUGAUGUGAAUGACAGCUCAGUGUUUGAGAUCCCCCUGGCCAGCGUGUCCCAGUGUGCGACAGGGAAGAACGAGGUGAUGCUGGAGUUCCACCAGAAUGAUGACGCUGAGGUCUCUCUCAUGGAAGUUCGUUUCUACGUCCCCCCCGGCCCCGUAGACGAGGGGGCAGACCCUGUGGAGGUAACCCACGCUCUAUUACCGGACCUGUACCAAGGAUAGAACUAACUAAACAACCACUCUGUACUGCUGCUGGUUGAAUGGAGUGAACGUCAGUGCCUUACUGGCUUUACCCCAGCAGAUGGCGCUAACACUACAGCUGUCAUGUACUCAGAAACAGUUCAUUUUUCACACCAACAUCAAUGAUGCAGUGAUUGAUGUUAUUCCUGUUUUAACCUUCCUUCCUGUCAGGCGUUUGCCGCGAACGUGCUGUCUAAGGCAGAUGUGAUCCAGGCUACAGGAGAUGCUGUGUGUGUCUUCAAAGAGCUGCAGUGCCUCACACCCAGGGGCAGGUACUGUGGCAUCAGCACCACCAACCACUAUUCAUCAGUAUUAGCCAUCAUUGUUUUAUAUAAUGUUACUCUACACUUAUCAGAUUCAUCCGCAAAGUGUUCACUUGGCUCAAUACCAUCCCCCCUUCCAAAUAGUAACCACCACAGACAAGUAGAGCUGAGCGAUUAGUGAUUUCUUUGAAGGUUUGUUAGAUUUUUUAUUUUUUUAAUAUCACGGUUUUUGAUAAUUAAUAAAACAACAACAUUUUAAAUGCAUUAUGAAAUAAUGACAUUACAAUGGUUUUGGAGCUUUUUAAUGGAUAUUCCAAAGCCCAAAAUGGUGAACAUUCAAUUGUCAGGUCCACAUUGGGUAGACAUCAAUAGAAAAAAUAGGAAAUUACCAUGAAAUAAUGAAAUAAUUAAGUUGUGUAUAUUACUUUUUUUAAUUUUUUGACUUUAUCAUGUUUAAUUCCUUAAAGUCAUCUCUUCUCUGCUCAGGCAGGAGCAGUCAGCCAGGCCAUCUAACAUGAUGUGCUCCCCAUACUGUAGUGUCUUUAGUCAUCCUAUUUAGCUAGCCUGCCUAAGUAUGCUGCAGAGCUGUCUGACAAUCAUUUUACUAGUUCUUCAAAGUAGAUAAGGCAUACUUCCCAGAACUGUCUCAAUCCCUCUCUCUCCUCAUUGUGUUGUGUACAUUCCUCUCUCAUACAGUCUGUGUAUAUCUAAACUAACGUAGCAGCCGUAAAAGUGUAUCCGUCCAGAGAUCUGUAUAUAAUGAUGAGAUGCUCAUGUCUCCGCCCUAACAAUGGGAGUCAUUGUCCCAAAGGCGGGAAGGCAGGUGACAAGCUUAGGUCCGAAAUAAGCCCAUAGAAAUGCAUUGGGCUUAUUUUGGACAGAUUCUGGCGAGAGUGAAACCUCUUGCUUCGCCUAUUCCUCUCUGAUCCGUCUCUGUCCGUGACAUAAAAAACAGGCGCAAUGAUUUAUGGUCAUUGUAUACUGAACAAAAAUAUAAAUGCAACAAUUUCAACGGUUUUACGGAGUUACAGUUAUAAGGAAGUCAUUAAAUUGAAAGAAAUUAAUUUGGCCCUAAUCUAUGGAUUUCACAUGACUGGGCAAGGGCUCAGCCAUGGGAGGGCAUAGGCCCACCCACUUGCGAGCAAGGCCCACCCACUGUUGAGCCAGGCCCAGCCAGUCAGAAUGAGUUCCCGCAGGUGAAGAAGCCGGAUGUGGAGGUCCUGGGCUGGCGUGGUUACACGUGGUCUGCAGUUGUGAGGCUGGUUGGACAUUGCCAAAUUCUCUAAAAUGACUUUGGAGGCAGCUUAUGGUAGAGAAAUGGACAUUAAAUGAUCUGGCAACAGCUCUGGUGGACAUUCCUGCACUCAGCAUACGAAUUGCACACUCCUUCAAAACUUGAGACAUCUGUGGCAUUGUGUUGUGUGACAAAACUGCACAUUUUAGUGUGCCCUUUUAUUGUCCCCAGCACAAGGUGCACUUGUAUAAUGAUCAUGCUUUUUAAUCAGCUUCUUGAUUUCUGGGAUCUUUUAUUUCAGCUCAUGAAACAUGUGACCAACACUUUACAUGUUGCGUUUAUAUUUUUGUUCAGUAUAGUUAAUUACCACGUUUCUGCGCAGAACUAGGUUAAAUAUUUGCUUAGUGAAAAUUUUAACUCCCUUCGGCCCAAGCGUCCCACAUAGUUUUAUUUUGUGAAUGAUUUGAUUUUUCACUAGAGAAACGGCGCGUUGGACUCCCCAAAAAAUGACGUAGGUCAAUUCGUUGUUUAAUAACCACCCAAAAAACUAAAUGUUGGUUAGUCUCUCAGCGCUACCUACAAGAAAAACACCUACUUUGAACAAAGGUCUUCCUCUCUUUCUUGCCCUCAUUCACCAUCUUUCUUCUCUCUGUGUCAGGUAUGAUAUCCUCAUCUACCCUGCUUUCCUCCACCUCCAUGGUAAGACGUUUGACUACAAGAUCCCCUACACUACCGUGCUGCGUCUCUUUCUGCUACCACACAAGGACCAGAGGCAGAUGUUCUUCGUGGUAAGUGUACUGUGUGUGUGUUUGAUUGAGGUGAGUGGUUGACAGUCGAGUGUAGGUUGUAUUAAGUUGUGUUAGGCACCAAACAUGUGGACAACAGUCAUGCUCACUUUAAACCCCAUGCCGUCGUCUUCAAUUCACAAUCCUUCCCUCCCUCCCUCCGUCUAUAGAUCAGUCUGGACCCGCCCAUCAAGCAGGGACAGACGCGUUACCACUUCCUCAUCCUGCUCUUCUCUAAGGAGGAGGAGCUCAGCCUCACCCUCAACAUGAGCGAGUGAGUGGGAGAAAAACACGACAGCAGCUCAACACCACAUGGGAGAGGAACAAUGAACCCGUAUUGUUAGCUGGCGAGAAUCCCUUGAUACAAUUUCUGUUUCUCUCUCCUCUCUCUUUGCGCCCCCCCUCUCCCUUCUGUCUCCCUCUACCAUCCCUCCUCUCUCUCCGUAGGGAGGAGGUGGAGAAGCGUUAUGAAGGGAAACUCAGUAAGAACAUGUCCGGUUCUCUCUACGAGAUGGUCAGUAGGGUGAUGAAGGCUCUGGUCAACAGGAAGAUCACCGUGCCCGGAAACUUCCAGGGGUAAACACACACACGCACCCGCACAACACGCACACGCUUGCAGAAUCACUCGCAGAUAUGCACCAAUGUUCCUCCUCCCUCUGAAGUUUAAACCCUGUGGCGCUUACACCGUUCCUCUUCGUAAGGACUACAUUAUAAACACAUAUAUUAUCAUAAAGAACUUUGUCAUGUAUUUCAUAAUUGAGUCUCCCUCCCCUCCUCUCCCCUGUAGUAACACCCCUGGGGCCCAGUGUAUAACGUGUUCCUACAAGGCGCAGUCAGGCCUGCUCUACCCCCUGGAGAGGGGUUUCAUCUACGUGCACAAGCCCCCCGUGCACCUGCGCUUCGAGGAGAUCUCCUGUGUCAACUUCGCCAGAGGCACCACCACAACGCGCUCCUUCGACUUCGAGGUGGAGACCAAGCAGGGGAACCAAUUCACCUUCAGCAGCAUAGAGAGGUAUGGAGGGGACUUAGAAACGAACACACACAACCCUAUAGAUUCUUUGCCUGAUGAAUGGUUUCUGUUUUUUUUCCCUCUGUCCAUCACAGAGAAGAGUAUGGGAAGCUGUUUGACUUUGUAAAUGCCAAGAAACUCAACAUCAAGAACAGAGGAUUCAAGGAGGUAACCUUUAGGAGAUGUUUACUGUGGUGGAAAUACAUUCAACUCUCCUCCAAGAUGUGUUUAGAAAUAUUGACGGAUUUCGCUCUUUUCUUGUGUGUCUGUUGUGUAAUCCUGAAGAAGAAGGUUGGUAUGGUUACGGGGUUCGGGAGUGUUGGCUUGGUUUUUGGUUUGGAGUGAUUACUGCUCGCAUGGAGUGUUGGGUGGAGGGGGGGGGGGGGGGGUGUCUGUGUGUUGAAUGGGGAAGAGGAGGGUGCUAAAAUUCUAAUCAUGGGGGUUGAUUGCUGUGAAUGGCCAUAAAUGAUUUACUAAUCGGUUUAUGAUUAUGCUAUUUUUUGUGUGAGAGACAUCUAGAGAUGUAUCGGUGUGUGUGUGUGUGUGUGAAAAAGAGAGAGGUGCGAGUGUGUGUGUGUGGUUGGUUGCCUGCAUUGUCUUGACUAAUGUAUUGCCCGAGGCUUUGCAGUGGUUUAACUGAAAGACGAAACAGCUCCUCUAAACCAAAUACAGGAAGUCCUGAUUUUUCACCCAUAAUGCUCUCUGGUAAUAUAAACAUAGCCCACUCUGUCCGUCAACGGCCCACUUUGUUGCCCUGGGUGGUAGAUGCCAUGGUAACAAACAACUACAUUGGGGUCACCUGAACGGUCAAGAACUACAAAUGAUCCUGUCCUCCACUUCCUCCUGUUUGUAUAGCUUCUUAGCUUUUCACCUAGGGAGAAUCUCAAUUGCAUCUCCUUGAUCCUUCGCAUCCUCUCUUCGCCUCCUCAAAACCUCUCUGAUGAGAAGGUCAGAGGGGAAGGAUCUCUGACAUCAUCCAGGGGAGAACGACUGCCCCCUCCCUCAUUGAAGCCACAGCGGUUCAAUGCUGAUCGUGGUAUUGCAGGCAUUGUUUGCAGAAAACGUGAUCCCCCAUUAUAGUGAAUGGAAAAAUGUCUAUCUUUGUGGUCAGUCUUCUUGUAAAAAAAAAAAAAAUUUGUUUAGAAGACAAUCAUGGUGCCAAUAAUUGCUUCUAAUACACCUGAUAUAUGUCCUUGAGCCGAUUAUUUUAAAAUCGCACACAGAAUAAGUUAUAAGGAUAAUUUAGUUGCUAGUGGCAGCCUGCAGUACCCCGGUUGGCCUUCAACUCGAGUUACUCAAUGAGAGAGGGCAGCACUGAGCUAGCCUGCAACGUCACUUUCUGGAGUAGCUAAACUGCGCAUGUUAUGUCUCCAGGAGGCGCCAUCUUAACCAACUUCAUUUGUCUUCAAUGUGCUAUUUAGUCUUACCAUAGGAAUGAAUGGUGUCACGUGAUCGAUGGCUUUGUCCAUACAUAUAUACAGUCAUUGUUCUCAUCCAAUGGGUUUUGAGAGGGAGGCGAAGAGAAAGGAUGCGAGGAAUCAAGUUAAUGCAAUUUAGAUUCUUCCCUGGUCUCCCCUUUUCCUAGGAGUAGUCCUAAAGGUACGGAAAGGAAGCCAUUGUAAAGUGUUGGAACACAGCCCCUUCUGUACCUUAACCUGCUGUCCGUAGGAAGAGAUAGAGAUGCAGGGCCUUGCUGGAGCAUCAUGGGUAGUGUAGUCUGACUCUGCUGCCCCCCCCCCCCCCCCCCCCCCGACAGGGCAUGAAGAGUAAGAACAACGAGUACAGUGACUCCGAUGAAGACCAGCACGACGCCUACCUGGAGAGGAUGAAGGCUGAGGGCAAGAUCAGAGAAGAGGGAGACGGCAGCAACGACUCCGACGAAGAGACCGGUAAGUGACGACUCCCGCAGCCAAUAGGGUGGCCGGACCGCUCCCGUAGCCAAUCAGGGCCUCACUAGUAAGAGAUCUCAAAGGGACUCAUUAAUAGAUUUAAAAUGUCAUAGGUAUGUAUGGCUGUUGUGAGAUUUCCAUUUCCAACAGAGCAGCAUGUUUGGGAGGGCUGUGUUAGUGACUUGUUUUUUAUUCUCUUUUUACUAGAUGAGUCGUUCAACCCUGGGGAGGAGAGUGAUGUCGCUGAGGAGUGAGUUUUAACCCCUCAUCCAUUGCCCAUUUCAGUUCUUCUCUCUCCCGCUCUCUCUCUAACAGUAUUCCUCCCCUCUCUCUCCCCCUCUAACAGUAUUCCUCCCCUCUCUCUCUCCCUCUCUCUCUCUAACAGUAUUCCUCCUCUCUCUCUCCCUCUCUCUCUCUAACAGUAUUCCUCCUCUCUCUCUCUAACAGCAUUCCUCCCCUCUCUCUCUCUCUCCCCCUCUAACAGUAUUCCUCCCCUCUCUCUCUAACAGUAUUCCUCCCCUCUCUCUCUCCCUCUCCUCUCUCUAACAGUAUUCCUCCUCUCUCUCUCCCUCUCUCUCUCUAACAGUAUUCCUCCUCUCUCUCCCUCUCUCCCCUCUAACAGUAUUCCUCCCCUCUCUCUAAACAGUAUUCCUCCCCUCUCUCUCUAAACAGUGUUCCUCCCCUCUCUCUCCCUCUCUCUCUAACAGUAUUCCUCCCCUCUCUCUCCCUCUCUCUCUCUAACAGUGUUCCUCCCCUCUCUCUCCCUCUCUCUCUCUAACAGUAUUCCUCCCCUCUCUCUCCCUCAGGUAUGACAGUAACGCGUCAGAGAGCGGCAGCGGGGGGGAUGGCAGCGAUGACGAGGGAAAGAAUAAACCUGCAAAGAAGGCCAAAGUAGUGAAGGAGAAGAGGGACCGGAAGCCACGCAAAGAGGUGAGAGAGAGAGAGGGAGUCAUAUAGAAGGGGGAAUGGGUGCGGAGUGUCAUGAACAGUCAAAUGUAUGUUUAUUAUUGUAUCAGAGAAAAAUAUAGCUUCAUAUUGACAUCUGGAAGCACCUACAUAGUUUAUGUAUUUAUGCACAUGUGAUAUGAGUGUGUGUGCUCGUGUUUCUCUCUCUCUCGCUGUGUGUGUGUUUUAGAAGAAGCAGAAGGACACUAACGCCCCCAAGAGGCCGAUGAGUUCCUACAUGCUGUGGCUUAACUCCAGCCGCGAGCGCAUCAAGUCGGAAAACCCCGGAAUCUCCAUCACAGAGAUCUCCAAGAAGGCAGGAGAGAUGUGGAAACAGAUAGGGAAGGACGACAAAGAGGUAAGGGAGGGGGAGAGCUUUAUCUCUGCUCUCUGUGUUUGUCUAUUUCUCUCUGUUCUGCUCUUCUCUCUCUCCAUCUCUCUUUCUCCCAUUUUCUGGCCAUUUUGAAUUUAAAUGUCCUCCACUUAAAAAUAGGAUUUUAUUCAAGCAACUGUUACGUUUUAAAUGUAGUAGUUGCUUGAAUAUAAUCCUGUUUUUAAUGGUGAGUGAGCGUUGCGCCCAAUCUAGUUUUUUGGUUGCACCUCAACUCGUGUUGGUUGAGUGCUCUCCACUUCUUUCCAUGGGCAUUUUGAAUAAAAUAAUAGUAAUCCUAGCUAACUGUGUUUAAACCAUUGUUUAGGGAAACCGAUUGAUAACAAAAGGUCUCUCUCUGCUAGGGGUGGGACAGGAAAGCAGAGGAGGCUAAGAAGAACUAUGAGAAAGCCAUGAAGGAAUACAGAGAGAAUGGUGGAGGCUCCUCUACACCUGCCAAGAAGUAAGAGCCCACACACACACACACACACACACCAGAGGAGGCUGGUGAGAGUAGCUAUAAGAGGACGGACUCAUUGUAAUAACUGGAAUGGAAUUAAUGGAACGGUUUCAAACAUACGGAAACCACCUGUUUUACUCCCUUCCAUUGAUUCCAUUCCAGCCAUUACAAUGAGUCCAUCCUCCUAUUUAUUUAUUUUCAACUUUAUUUAACCAGGUAAGCCAGUUGAGAACAAGUUCUCAUUUACAACUGCGACCUGGCCAAGAUAAAGCAAAGCAGUGCGAUUAAAAACGACAACAACACAGAGUUACAUAUGGGGUAAACUAAAUGUACAGUCAAAAACACAAUAGAAAAUAUAUACACUGUGUGCAAAUGUAGUAAGUUAUGGAGGUAAGGCAAUAAAUAGGCCAUAGUGCAAUAUAAUUACAAUUUAGUAUUAACACUGGAGUGAUAGAUGUGCAGAAGAUGUUGUGCAAAUAGAGAUACUGGGGUGCAAAUUAGCAAAAUAAAUAACAAUAUGGGGAUGAGGUAGUUGAGUGGGCUAAUUUCAGAAGGGCUGUGUACAGGUGCAGUGUUCAGUAAGCUGCUCUGACAACUGAUGCUUAAAGUUAGUGAGGGAGAUAAGUGUCUCCAGCUUCAGAGAUUUCUGCAGUUCGUUCCAGUCAUUGGCAUCAGAGAACUGGAAGGAAUGGCGGCCAAAGGAGGUGUUGGCUUUGGGGAUGACCAGUGAGAUAUACCUGCUGGAGCGCAUGCUACGGAUGGGUGUUGCUAUGGUGACCAAUGAGCUAAGAUAAGGCAGGGAUUUGCCUAGCAGUGAUUUAUAGAUGACCUGGAGCCAGUGGGUUUGGCAACGAAUAUGUAGUGAGGGCCAGCCAACGAGAGCGUACAGGUCACAAUGGUGGGUAGUAUAUGGGGCUUUGGUGACAAAACGGAUGGCACUGUGAUAGACUACAGCUCCUUCCACCAGCCUCCUCUGACACACAGCCAUGAAUAUCAGAUACGCACACGACCCGGUACACUUACAAGCUCUCAAACACACACACACUUGUAACCCUGCUUUUAACACACGCACAAAUCUACAGCCAUCUUGACCAUACGUUUCCCUUUCCGUUUGUCCACCAGUGAGCGCAAGAAGAAGGCAGGAGGCAAGAAGGAGGACAAGAAGGCAGGAGGCAAGAAGAGGAAGUCUGAUGGAGGGGAGAAAGAAAAGGAGCAAGGAGGCAACGACAGUUUUAAGAGCCGAGAGUUUAUUUCCAGCGAGGAGAGUUCGUCUGACGGUGAACGCAAGAAGGCCAAGAAAGCCAAAGGCAAACCCAAGAGCAAGGGCAAGGUACUGCACUGUCACUAUGGCAACAAUAGGAAUAACUUUAUUCGGGUAGCCAUUUUCAUACAUUAUGAUCAAAGCAUUCAUUAAAAUGAAAUGUUGAGAUUAUCAUAGUGACGACUGUCUCGCUCUCUCAGGAGUCUGAGGAAGAGGAGGAAGUGAUGACCACGCCCCCCAGCUCUGAGGAGGACUCUGACUAA